AUGCCAAUUGGGGCAUCACCGUAUAAGCUCGUUUAUGGAAAGUCAUGUCACUUGUCUAUUGAACUUGAACACAAAGUGUACUGGGCCAUUAAAAAGUUGAAUAUGGACCUUGAACCCGCGGGUGAGAAGAGACUCUUGCAGUUGAAUGAGUUAGAUGAGUUCAAGUUGCACUCUUAUGAAAAUGCUAAGCUUUACAAAGAGAAAACGAAAAGAUGGCAUGACAAGAGUAUCAAGACAGGCCUUUUCGAGCCAGGACAACAGGUAUUAUUGUUCAAUUCUAGGCUCAAGCUGUUUCCUGGGAAGUUAAAAUCGAGAUGGUCAGGCCCAUUUGAGGUGGUGAGAGUCACUCCUUAUGGUGCAAUUGAGAUGUGUGCUUGA